AUGGCGUGUUUAAGUUCGAGUAGGCUCUGUGCUCGUGUUCAAGAUAAGUUAUUGUGUCAAUUCGGACAUAAAGUUCGAAAGCAAACUGUAUUUGUGAAACUCAAACCUCCCGGACCAUCUCCAUUGCGAAUAUUUGGAAAGACAUGUCAGAGAGUGACUACAUGUGGGCCAUCAUGCGGAACAGGUGGAAUCGGUCCUGCUGCUACCAGCGGACUGCUCCGUCGCCUAGCCUCCAGUCUCCAAAGCACAAGUACUGGCUCACUGCCAGACUAUGGCACACAAAUAGUCGAUCCUUACCGCUUACUUGAAGACGAUCUGAACGGGAUAUAUGAAGAUAUUAGAUCGGAGCUGGAGCGAAACACAAAUCAACCAGAACUGAACACCAUAGCCACAUAUUACUUUGACGGACAGGGGAAGGCGCUCAGGCCGAUGGUAGCCAUACUUAUGGCGCGAGCCGUCAACUAUCACGUUUAUGGAGAAAACAGUGCAUUGCUGCCAUCUCAGCGACAAGUGGCGAUGAUCAGCGAGAUGAUACACUCGGCAUCACUGAUACAUGAUGACGUCAUCGACCAAAGUGAUUUUCGUCGCGGCAAACCGUCCGUCAACGUGCUCUGGAACCACAAGAAGGUGGCGAUGGCCGGCGACUUCAUCCUCGCCGUGGCGUCGAUGAUGAUAGCUCGCUUGCGCAGCGAUGAAGUCACACUCGUGCUCAGUCAGGUGGUGACAGACCUUGUACAAGGAGAGUUUAUGCAGCUCGGCAGCAAGGAAACAGAGAACGAGCGUUUUGCACAUUACCUCACAAAAACAUACAGGAAGACAGCUUCACUCAUUGCCAAUUCUGUCAAAGCGGUGGCCCUAUUAAGCGGGGCAGACGAAAGCACAAGUGAAUUGUGUUUCCAAUAUGGACGCAACCUAGGUCUAUCGUUCCAGCUGGUGGAUGACCUGCUAGACUUUGUAUCUUCGGCGCAAGCAAUGGGCAAGCCCACGGCCGCCGACCUUAAGCUUGGACUCGCGACGGCUCCUGUACUCUUUGCUUGCGAAAAGUACCCAGAGCUGAACCCGAUGAUAAUGAGGCGGUUCCAAGAGGCCGGUGACGUGGAGAAGGCGUACGAGCUGGUGCACAAGUCGCGCGGCCUGGAGCAGACGCGCUUCUUGGCGCGCAAGCACGGCGCCGAGGCCGCGCGCCUCGCCGCUGAGCUCGCCGACUCGCCCUACCAGAAGGGGCUCGUCGUCACCACCGACCUUGUGCUCAACAGGAUCAAAUAG